CGAUUACACCCAAGGAAUUCACUCUGAGGUUUAAAAGCAGUAUUAAAGUAGAGAGAGAGAGAGGCUCUCACUUUCUCAUCCUGCUACUCCUCGCUGUUCAGUAUCUAGGGUUUUGCAUUCUCUCUUUCCCCUUCGGUAGUCGACAGUACAAGGAGAAAGAUGAGCCGACAUCCCGAGAUUAAGUGGGCUCAGAGGCUCGACAAGGUCUUUAUCACAGUUCUAUUGCCAGAUGCAAAAGAUGCUAAGGUUAAUCUUGGGCCUGAUGGAAGUUUUACGUUCACUGCUUGUGCUGGUGCAGAAAACCAUCCUUAUGAAGUGAAGUUGGACCUUUUUGACAAAGUUAAUGUUGAGGAAAGCAAAAUAAAUGUAGGCGUGAGGAGUAUUUUUUGUGUAUUGGAGAAAGCAGAGGAGAAAUGGUGGAAGAAACUACUGAAGGGAGAUGACAAAGCACCUCACUAUGUGAAAGUAGAUUGGGACAAAUGGGCGGAUGAAGAUGAUGAUGCCGCUCCUGCCGACCUGGAUAUGGGAGGAAUGGAUUUCUCGAAAUUCGGUGAUAUGGGAGGCAUGGGUGGCAUGGGUGGAAUGGGUGGUAUGGGAGGAAUGGGUGGCAUGGGAGGCAUGGGUGACAUGAUGGGUGGCAUGGGAGGUAUGGGUGGCAUGGGUGACAUGAUGGGAGGCAUGGGUGGCAUGGGAGCAAUGGGUGACAUGAUGAAAGGCAUGGAUUUCUCGAAAUUUGGCGGCAUGGGUGGAAUGGGCGAUGACCUUGAUGAUAGCGAUGAUGAGGGUGAAAUAUCAAAGGCAGAGGAUGACGAUGCGGGGAAGGCAGGAGGGUCAUCAAAAACAGAAGAGCUCGAAGGCAGGAAGGCGGAAGGAGGAGCUCCAGAGGGAAAAUGAGCAGUAGUUGAAGGUGUUAAGGGAUUAAUACCUUUAGCCGUGUGUUAAGAGGGUAAAAGUUUCUUCUCCAUACGACUUGGUGAAAGCAUGACUUUAUAAACUGAGUAUCAUUUUGGCCCGAACAAUGGCUUCUGUCGUUGGAGAGGUAUCAACUAUUUUUCCUUGUAAUAGACUUGAAUUUGGUGGUUGUAUUCUGUUUGAGGUUUGGCGGAUGAUAAUCUGAUAGCUAGCAGAUGGUCUCUAGAUUUACAUAACAGAUUUCUUUCAACUUCAUA